UCAGGAUCAAAGUCAAUUUGUGGUCUGGGUACUAAUGGAUCAUGGCACACAUUGAUGAAAACCUUUCUUCCUACCGACAGAUAAUCCUUUGAUUCAAGUACCUUGACUUUGAUAACGAAUCCAGGUGUUGGAUCCAACGUAACUAUCUCAGAUUGUUCUGUUAUGUCAGCCAUUUUUUAAUGUGGUUGUUCUUUGUAUAGCUUUGGAGUUUCGCUUAAAUUGAAAAAAAAAAAUAUUCGAGAUUUAUUUUAUUUUGAACAUUGAUUAUUAGAUAAGAUGAAUGUAUUGGUGUACUCAGGGCCAGGGUCCACUAAUGAAAGUGUGAAACAUUGUAUAGAGUCACUCAGAGUUUUAUUGUCACCUCAUUAUGCUGUUGUGUCGGUAGGCGAAUUAUCUAUUUUGAAUGAUCCAUGGAUUCAUAAGACAGCAAUGUUGGUGAUUCCUGGUGGAGCAGAUUUACCAUAUUGUUCAGUAUUGAAUGGGGAAGGUACAAGAAAAAUAUCUCAAUUCGUUAAGAAAGGAGGUAAAUUCUUAGGAUUUUGUGCUGGGGCUUAUUUUGCAUCUGGAAGAGUUGAAUUCGAAGUUGGUAAUCCACUUUUGGAAGUUACAGGUAAUAGAGAAUUACAAUUUUUUCCCGGUAUCUCUAGAGGUUGUACAUUUAAAGGUUUUGAUUAUGAAACUCAUGCAGGUGCAAGAGCUGCUAGAUUGAACGUUAGUGGAUUACAAGAUAAAAUCUACAAUUAUUAUAAUGGUGGUGGUGUUUUUCUUAAUGCAUCAUCAUAUCCUGGAGUUGAAGUUAUUGCUACUUAUGAUGAAGACAUUGAAAUAGACGAUGUGGAAAAAGCGGCCGUGAUAUAUAAGAAGGUAGGUAAGGGAGAUGUUUUAUUGAGUGGAACUCAUCCUGAGUAUUCACCUGAUAUAUUAAAAGCUACUGACGAGAAGUUCUCUAGUGUAGUAGAAAAGUUGAAAGAGAAUGAUGUUGGUAGAAAAUUCUUUUUAAGAAACUGUUUGGCCAAGCUUGGGCUUAAAGUUAAUGAAGAUCUUGAAGCUAAGAUUCCUCAAAUUACUCCAUUGUUUGUUUCAUCACAUCUUGAUAAGACUUUGGUAAUUAAGUUAGUUCAAGAAUUAAAAGAAAACGUAGAUUUCAUAAAUGGUUCAAUCUUGGAGGACGAGAAUGAUACUUUUGUAUUUCAUGGAGAAGAUGAAGAUGAUCAUCAUUAUUUUGUUUCACAAGAUACUCAAAUAAUAGAAGAUGUAAAUGCAGUACCUAAACAUAUAAAAAUAUUCAACAAUGGUGGAUUGCCAGAUUAUAAAACAACGCCUUAUUUCAAUAUGUCAACAUAUUUUGAUCAAUUACAGUGCUUAUCUAAAGGAAAUACAGGACAAAUAGGGUCAAUUCUUGGAUAUGGUGAAGUUGUCAGCUCUACUAGUACUCUUUUAGAUCAUAAUCCAAAAUGGUUGGCUCAUUUACCACAUGGUUUUACACUUACAGCAAGUGUUCAAGUAGCUGGAAGAGGUAGAGGUGGUAAUGUGUGGGUUAAUCCUCGAGGUGUAUUGGCUCUGUCUGUGUUAUUUAAGGUUCCAGCAAAAACAGGAGGAACAUCAAAUAUUGUUACAUUACAGUAUUUAACCAGUUUGGCAUUAAUCGAAGCUAUAUUGGGUUAUGGUAGUACUGAACUGGGUAAAGGUAUUGGGUAUGAAGAUCUUCCUGUUAAAUUAAAGUGGCCUAAUGAUAUCUAUAUUUUGAAGCCAGAAUUUUUUAAUACUGUUGAAGAUGGUAAAGUAAUUAGUUCUACAGUGGAAGGUGAUGAUGAAAAAUUUGCAAAGGUAUCGGGUUCGAUAGUUAAUUCUCAAUUUUUGAAUGGGACAUUCCAUUUAGUUUGGGGUGGAGGAGUUAACGUUUCAAAUAAUGCACCUACUACUUCUUUGAAUUCAGUUCUUGAAAAGUUGAAUUUGAUUAGAAAAUCUAAAGGGCUACCAGAAUUACCACCUUACCAACACGAAAAAUUAUUAGCAAAGAUUCUAUACACCAUGGAUCAAUUCUAUAGUGUGUUCAAAAACACAGGUUUAAAGCCAUUUUUACCAUUAUAUUAUAAGAGAUGGUUCCAUUCAGAUCAGCAAGUAAUGUUGGAUGCUAAAGGAGAUGGUAGAUCUAAAUCAUGUAUAAUUAGAGGUAUCACAGAAGAUUAUGGUUUAUUAAUUGCUGAAGACGUUAACACGAAGGAGAUUUUACAUUUACAGCCAGAUGGGAAUUCAUUUGACAUAUUCAAAGGUUUAGUUUAUAAAAAAAGAUGAUAUCAUCUCAAGUAAGUUUUAUAUAUAGAUUUAGAAUGUAUUAUUUAUAUUUAUGUUUUCAAAAGCGCGUAAACUAAAUCUGAUUUGCUUUGAUCUCCAUCACUAAAUAUUCAUUUCAUCAACAAGCCUUUACAAAGGUAUAAAAAUUGUUCAUCAAUACCUGAGAAGGAUGAAAGUGAAAAUAAUAGAUUGGCAUGGUGUGUCAUCGUGGCAUUGGAACCUUGUUUCCGAUAAUCAAAAUGAAUCCGAAUACGUUGAUGAAUUAUGUGGUAUUUGCAGAGUAGCCUUCGAUGGUACUUGUCCCAACUGUCUUUAUCCAGGAGACGAUUGUCCCAUUGUCCUUGGAGCAGGAUGCAGUCAUAACUU